AGCGGAAGCUUAGUAUGUUGUUCCGGCAAGUGACAGAAUCCGCUUGCUUCGCCUCCAAUCAUGGCGCAAUGCUGGCAGCUGUGAGAAAUAGUUGCAAUAGACAUUACUGGUCAAACAAUCAUCCAUUUUUCCUGUGACUACGGUGCCUACGGCCAAUCCGGAUUACAGCCACUAAUAAUCUACUACAUGGAGGCGCGGUCGUCAAGGUGGAUAUAUCAGGCGCGCGUGUAUAUUUCUGAGCUGAAAUGCUAAGGAUGUGCAACACACCGUAAUGAGCCGAACAAUUUGCGCUGAAACUACCCAGGAAGGUCAAGGCGUUGUGAACGGGCCGAAGGGUGUCAGGCCGUCUGUACCAUUGUGGCACCCUGAUAGCCUUGAUACACAAAAUCGAACUCAAGACGCACCAAGAAUUACGAGACUGUCCGUUACCUAGAGCUAUACUGCUAGGGUCAACUCGCUCUCUGAUAGAAACCUUCACUUCUCAUGAUGAGUGUCAGAGGUAGUACACUCAGAGGUGGUACUAUUACCUGGCGACCACAGCCUUGGAAGGAUGCAGAUAGAGGUGGUGGAGAACCUCUCUCAGAUAGUGACUCGGAGGAAGAGGAUUUUCCUGAUGACUACUCGACUCCUUUGGGGGAAUAUGUAACUCAGGGGUUAAAGCAGUUACUUGAUGCUCAACAGUUGUGUGAUGUCACUCUUUUGGUGGAAGGAAAAAAGUUCAUGUGUCACAGAGUUCUAUUAGCAGCGGUCAGUCCGUAUUUCCGUGCCAUGUUUACCAGCCCUCUCGUAGAGUCACGUCUUACUGAGAUCCGACUGGAGGAGGUGACACCCUUUGUUAUGGAGACGGUUAUCCACUUUGUUUAUACAGGAGAAGCAGGUCUUAGUCUCGAAACAGCAGAGGAUUUGUUUGUAGCGGCCAAUCGUCUUCAAGUGAUGCCCUUGCAGGACCUUUGCUCUAGGUUCCUUUUUGAACACCUGUCUGUGGAGAAUUGCCUGGGCAUGUACUCUCUGGCUCGUUCACAUCAUGACCAGCUGCUUCUUCGGGCUUCUUUGAGGUUGGUGGGUCAGCAUUUCCCUCGAGUGUCUCGGCAGCGAGAUUUCCUCCUGUUGGACCCAGGAACUCUUGGCAGCUUGUUGGAGUCUGAUCGAUUGGGUGUGGAGACUGAGACCGAAGUUUACGAUGCAGCAAGGCGCUGGGCAGAAUACCAGCCCGCUGAUCGUUACAUUCACAUGCCCAGUUUGUUACGCCAUUUACGUCCCGGCCUUUUGGGCCCUGAAGAGAACCUCCGAAUGAACAAAGAACUUGGGCCUCGAGCCAUUACAGAGGGCAUGGGCGGACCGCUGAGGCCUCGAGAAGGCAUGUUUGAGAAGAAAAUAGUCUGUGUAGAUCUUAAACCGAGGGAGGAUGAUUCUUUACAGGACAGGGACUUCACGGUGGAUUGCUUUGACCCUCGUACAGGGAAGUGGGAGAAGCUGGCAGCCUUGGGCUCGUUGCUUUGCCCGGGCUGCAUCGCUGUUGGAGGUCGACUGUUUGUGGCAGGCGGCAUCCUGCGAAGUGGCCAGGUCUCAUCAUCACUGCAUGAGUACGAUGUUGUGGUAAACCGCUGGAUUACACGGCCAUUGAUGGCUGAACCACGUGCGAUGUUGGGUCUUCUUGGCUGUGGAGGUUUCUUAUAUGCUCUCGGUGGCUGUAACCGAACAGCAUUUCUAGAUACAUGUGAAAAAUUUGACCUUAAUGCCCUGACCUGGGCAUCAGGACCUCGUUUGCCAUUACCGUUGCGUUCUUUUGCUUGCGCUGCCCUUCGCUGUCGGCUCUACUUGCUUGGUGGUACCACACUGGAGCAGAGCAGGGCUGUGGUGCAUGCUGGCGUGCUUAUCUACCACACCGUUACAAGGACCUGGAGCCGUGUCGCCCUAGACUCUGGCGCCACCUGCCUGGCUGGAGGAGUAGCAGUACGUGGUGGUGUUUGUGCCGUUGGUGGUUACUUGCGCGAUGCAGCCAAGUUCAUCGAUGGCAACUACACCCAGGCCGAACCACUUGAUGCCACAGGACGCGUGUUGUUCUUCCGAGAGGGACGAGGAUCUGGAGUGGAGCGGGAGGUCCCGGUUGGAGUAGAGCGAGGGGGUGGUGGUAGCGACCGUGCCCCUAGUCCGGUGGUUUUUCCAGGUCUGCCGAGGCGCAUUGCUGCCGGUGGUGUGGCUAGAUGGAAACGCAGGAUAUAUGUUUUGGGUGGUGAGAACGGAUCAAGAUUUUAUGAUAGCGUCUACUGCUGGAAACCUGGCUGGAGAAGCUGGGUCCAAAGACGGGAGAAAUUGCCAGGGGAUACAGGAGGAGUUAGCCAGUUUGGGUGUACUACCCUAAAGUUCCCCAAAAAACACAUUUUAGCACGUCUUCGUACUGCUCAACAGAAACGGGGGAAGGAGAAACGGCCGACCCGGUCAUGCAGAGUCAUGCGGAUCAACAGGGCGAAUCAGGGAGUGUGAUUUUCAAAGAGACAAAUCGGCAUUUCGGACAAGUUUAUGCACCUACUUUUACAUCUUUACUCUUAGUUGAUGUCUAGAUGUUUUGAAAUUCAUUUUUUCAUUUUUGCAAGCUGAACGCAAGUUUUCAUUUACUAAGUAUUGACAGAAAAUAUGCAUAAUAUUUGGAUAUGAUUUCAGAAUUUUUUGCUCUCA